GCAUUUGGUAGCCGGGCGUUGCGCUGUGAGGACGCAGUUGUCGAGGGUAUGCACUUGUUACCAAAAUUAAAGGCACACUCUGUUGGCUGUCAUCCUGCUUAAUGGAUUCGUCAACCGACGUACGGUAGCUGGUAACCAACCCAAGCAAUCAAGGCUUGACCUUGCAUUUGAGGAAGAGGGUAGAAAUCUAUAAAUCGGAGUGUUUUGGAAAACCGAGGGGCAUUUUGAAUGGUCUGUCAUCGCUGAAGAGUCGGAGAUUGCUUGCUCUUAUGAUAUUCUGCGCAUGUUUUCAUUUUUCAAAGUGGUAUUUUAAGCCAAUCCUAGGACGCCUCAAACUUUUCUGUAAUACCUCUACCGGCAUGUAUCACGUUACUCCACCAGAGGAAUUGAAAGUACAUUCAGGAUAUAAUCUGAGCUGAUUCUCAUUUUCUACCUCAAGUUUGGCGCCAUUAACUGGCUGAUAAACCUGGCUUUAUGGAGGAAUCAAAUUGUAAUGCUUCUCAACCAAGGUUCGAUAACCCCAAUUCGAUUCUCAUUCUCUAAACAUUUUUUUUUAUUGCUCACGGACACACCUGGUAGUUGACAUAAAAGCUCAACCACCCAGAGGAUCAUUGGCGGAUAUUGGCAGCCUUCUUUAGAUGGUACUUGAUCUCAUUAAACGGUCAAUGUAUCUCUUAUUGCUGGUUAUAUGGAGACUGUUGUAACUCAAUCUUCAAAUGACAUUGCUCACCUCGGAGGACAUACUGAUCAAUAUCUAAUUUUUGGUACAUACUCUGGUCUACAGCUCUCUCGCGAAAAAACGACAUUUUUCUUCUCGGCGUCACUAUCUUCAUAUAAUAUAUUAUCUUUAUUGUGAAGAAUAUACUGCAUGAUUAUUAUACGGGCCAUCACGUACUCAAAUGUUGAGAUUAAGUAAACAUCUUCUUCCUUGAUACACUUGAGGCUGCAGCAAUAAUAAUUAGAACAUUUGUUUUCUUAUGAGAGACGAAGAGAUUGAUCUUUAAGGUUUUGAGUUAUUAGUAUUUACCAUGGAUGAUUCUUACAAUAAAUGUCUAGUGACCAUGUUUUGACCUGAAUAACAAUUACGACUGUGACUUUGAUCAUCGCAUACAUCACAAAGGUCAACGCAAUCAGGAUAUGUUUGGGAUAGACUAUAGGAUAGACAUCUGAAUACAAUAAUCGCGGACAUUGAUUUUUUUUUCAUUGUCGUUGUCCUGAUUUAUACUCUCCUCGUUAGAGGUUUGGCUUUAAGAUUGGAAAUUUGUUGGGAUUCUCUUACACUACCAUAAAGUAAACUUAUUUCUUAUAACUUCAUCGACCCUAAAUCACAGGACUUCGUCAACAUGAAUGAAACGGACUUUGUCAUCACGGAAGCACCGUACGAUUAUGAAAGUCCUCUUCAUUAUACGGAGCGGAUUUUUCUUGCUAUGAUGUCGGCUCUCAUUGCCGUCGUCGGUCUCCUAGGGAACGGCCUCGUCAUCACCGGUGUGGCACUCUCAAGGAAGCUACGGACAGCGACCAAUGUUUACGUCGUCAACCUUAGUAUUGCCGAUAUGUUCACGUGCAUUCUCAUGCCUUUCCAUGUCAUCGCCGUGUUGAGUACGGAGACGUAUCCGCUCGCCGAAUGGACGUGUUCGAUCGCAGCGGCAAGCAGCAUCAUAUCGUCUGGGUGCAGUAUAUUUACCUUGGCCGCCAUCGCUCUCAAUCGCCUUUUCCUCGUCACCCAACCCAGUCAUCGCUACCGUAGCUUCUAUCGAACCCGUAACCUGGUCUUCACGACUCUCCUUACGUGGAUCGUACCGACAGUCUUCACCGUCUUCCCGCCCUUGUUUUCUAUCGGUGAGAUCGGAUUCGAUGAGAAGUACACUAGAUGCGGUCCAAAGCACACCGACAACGCCAGCAUCUACGACAUGAUGCUUGCAACCAUCUUCUACCCCGGCCCUCUCGUCAUCAUCAUCGUCUGCUACUGCAAAAUAUUCGCCUACGUGAAACGUCACAUGAAGACGAUGUCGUCUUCGGAACCCUCAUCGUCGUCGUUUCCGCCAAAGACGCCAUCCGACGCCGUUGCGACGUCGCCGCCCAUGUCCCGUACGUCCGAGUCGGCGGAGAAGGGGGAGAAGUUUUUCCAGGACUUAAACAGGAGACAAACCAAGCAGCAUUUUAGCAGACGACAGCUUGAGAUCACAAGGAAUCUCUUCUAUGUCGUGAUCGCUUUCUUUCUUUGCUUGACUCCGUACAGUGUUUCGUUGAUGAUCCCAGGGAGUGACCACAUCGUGCCUUAUGCUGGAGCUAUCUAUCUCUUAGGGAGCUGCGUCAAUCCGUUCAUCUAUGCUACAAAACAUCCUCAUUUUAAAAAUGUUAUCCGAUGCAUCAUCCAAUGUCGCUUCACAGAUAUCGACCAACCAGCCCAAUUUCUCCGCAGGAUCAUCUCCAACAAACAGAUGACACACAUUGUCAGCGGAAACAACCACUCCACCAAGAAAGAGCCACUGAAAUAACGGGCUCUAUGCAAAGGACGUUUCAUGAACAAGAAGACGUAUUGGCCAUUUGAUUUACCUAACUGCUUAAUGGUGUAGUUCUUGUUUUACAUGGGAUAUGGUGGACCUGAAAGGGGACAUAUAGCUUUAAUCCCAUCGAGUGGGCAUUGCAACGAGGGCACUGGAUGAGCGGGUGCUGAACGAUGCGAAGACAUCGAAGUUCGAACCUCUGAUCUCUGCAUCUCUUAUCUUACUCCGACAUAGACGGCAUGCCAGUCGGAACUUUGCGUCAUUAUCAAGGAAUCCAGAUUUUUUUAGCAAGGAUUAAUGCAUUCGAGGAACAUUUCCUUUUUUUGCGAUUUGUACCUUUAUAUGUAGGCAUUUGUAUAUAUCGAUAUGUUUCUUAUUACUGGAAAUCAAUGAAUACGUUAAGCUUAAGUUGGCUAUUGUGUUGAAGAGCGCAUCGAAUGAGUUUCGAACUCUAGACUCUUCUGCGUUUGGUACGAGCAUACACAUCUCUGCCACUGACCACUGAGCCAACAGGAGAGGAUGCGAUCAAGGAUGCGGUGAAUUCGGAGCAGUUCUGGGUCGAUGUACAUCCUGCGUCUUCACGGAUCAUCCCUGUGGUUUACUAACGGUUGGAGACAAGGUGAUCUUCAAAUUACACAAGGCAAAAGGAUUCCUUGAUCAAAUUAGCUCCGAUGGUGACGAUGACGGAGUUGCGGUCGCUCGCUGAAUCACAGACUUCUUGAAGACGAAUAGGAAAAGACAGCAUAUCGCGAAGGAGCAGAUAGGCACGACCAGGGAUCUGUCUAAUCAUGGCAGCCUCGGCCUGUAAAAUGAUAACGUUCAGAGAGGUGAAUUCUAAGGGCCAGGUGCAUUUUGGCCUGGAUACUACGUGAGAAGACUCUGAAUAUAAUGUCGAAGUUCAAUUGAGCGAAAUCAGGUUAAGAUAUCGGAAAAACAACACGAAGACAUUGCGCACAGUACCCACAGUUGAUGAUGUGUUAACCAUACAAAAUGCCUCAUACAUUAGUUCCAAAUCGUUUAUUAUUUUAUGUGUACUCUUUAGCAACGGUAUAAUGAGCAAAAGAAAUCAAUGUGGACUGACGGAGAAUUUAUUACAUUUCAUUUUUUACAUGAAAAUAUGAAGAUUCAACAUUUCCUAAUUAAUUAUGAUUAUUCUGUCAUGUAUUUGUUGGACAAUUUGAAAUAAUUUGGCCUUUGAUAUUGAAAGAAACAAGUACCAGCUAGAAGAGUAGAAUGAAAGACGGCCUAUUAAAGCAUAUAUUUUAGAAAAUUUGAUGCAAAUUAAUCACCUAAUCUAACGAACCCAUUUUAAUUGUCGAGAUACCAUUAUUGCCUUGGACUAAUAACGGGUAGAAAUCAACUGUUUGUUUGUAUAUUUGUAAAGGCUUUACUUUACGAGCAUGUGCGACGACAAUCGGGAUGGACCAAAAAUCUCACGAAUUCGCCGCGCAUGCUCACGAGCGUUGCACUAUAUCUGACUCCUAAAGUGAUAUAUUGUUCUACAUGGAUUUAAGUGAUGUUAUUACGAUGGAACUUUUCAAACAGUUCCGGUUGUCGAACUGUCAUCUGUUAUAACUGUUUGACAUGACAUCUUGUUGUAUGACGUAAUGCAGAUAUUAAAGAUACCUUUCAAAUAUAUUAGGGAGGGUCAUUUUCAGUACCAUCAUGCACCUGCAUCGAUGGAAAGCCAGCAAUGCCUACAUCUAAAAAUACAUGCUUGUUCAAAUAUUUCUGGAGAUGAUGUAUUUUCAAAUUCAUUGAUUUCUUGACAAUUUGGUUUGUUUGCCUUUGAUACAAAGGACAUUUUGCAAAUUUCCUGUAGAAAAAAUAAUGACACUGAUGGAUUUCCAUAGACUUACGAUUAAUUGGAUCAAUCAUAACUCUUUGUAAGACGGGGCCCAGAUCAUUAUCAUUCCCUGCAUUCGCAAUACCAAUUUACCGGCAGGGGGACUGUUUCAGAAAACCGUUCGUAAAGUUACGUCUGACUUUAAGAAUGAAUGGAAUAUCUCUACAACAUAAUGAUGACGAUAUGAAAUUUGUAAAUAUAUCUUGAUUUAUAAUAAUGAAAGCAAAUAUAAUGCCUAUCAAUUUGCUCACAAUCAUUUCGAUUUGCACUGCUGAUAUCCCUAUUAAAAAUGAAGUCAAUUUUAUUUUUGAAAAAUGCCUCAAAUAUCGUGCCUUUGACAUAUUUCAAUGACAGUGUCCAGUCAGAUGAUAACGCUUUGGUUUGAAGUAUGUUUAAUUGUAUAAAUGAUUGACAAAAAUUAUAUCUAUGUGCAGGUAGUCAACGUUGUGUGUAAAUGUAUGUGAUGCAAAUAAUUGAAUUUUUAACUCAUGGUGUUUUAUACUUGUAGAUCAUGAAGCACUAGUUACAUAACGAAUAAAAGGGCAUUAACCCAGAUAA